GGGAGAGCGAGGCGGUGCCUCACCAAAACAGUCAAAAAGUCUGCGUCUCCACGGUUUUCUACACUAUUUCUCACCCUCACUUUUCCCGUCAGCGUGUGAAUAGAAAAUGAGGCACUAGGCACAUACGCUCUUCUGGUUGCUAUUGGACACCUUCUUCCGACCCGAAAAUCCGAAAAUUUCGCAACAUUUUUUUUUGCGAAAUUUUUUAUUCUUUUUCCUGAAAAACCUCGAGAAAUCCCCCGUAAUUUUCCUAUAGUGGAAAAUUUUAUAUUUUCUCGUUAAAAAAAAUGGAUAAGGUGUCCCAUGUGCUCCGAAAUGGGUGGAACUGGAUAAAGCUUAAAUUCUUGGCUCUUUGGCACUUUUUAUUCCGCCGGAAGAGUGAUGAACCCGAGUUUUAUGAUCCGGAAGCCAUGGCAUCGAAAAAAGCAAGCGGAACACUGCCGCCGCAACAACAAGUCGUCCAUAAAGUUAUUAUGGUCGGAACCGGAGGUGUCGGAAAAUCGGCUCUCACUUUGCAGUUCAUGUAUGAUGAGUUUGUGGAGGAAUAUGAGCCAACAAAAGCGGAUUCGUAUCGUAAAAAAGUGGUUUUAGACGGUGAAGAAUGCUCAAUUGAUAUUCUUGAUACGGCUGGACAAGAAGAUUAUUCUGCAAUUCGUGAUAAUUACUAUCGAAGUGGUGAGGGAUUUAUUUGUGUCUUUUCGAUUUUGGAUAUGGAAUCAUUUGAGGCUACAAACGAGUUUCGCGAACAAAUUCUUCGUGUCAAAAAUUCGGAUUCAUCAGUUCCAAUUGUAUUGGUUGGAAAUAAGGGUGAUAUGCGUGAUCAACGUGUUGUAUCAGCUGAAUUAUGUCGACAACGUGCUGAACAAUGGGGAUGUCAUUAUGUUGAGACAUCGGCUAAAAGACGUGAAAAUGUUGAUAAGGUAUUCUACGAUUUGAUGCGUGAAAUGAAGCGUCGAAAGGGUGGCUCACAGGCUCAAACAGGAAUCGACGCGUCGGCGAGCUCCGGCCGUAAAAAGCGAUCCGGAAUCAAGAAGCAUUGCACAAUUCUUUAAAUUUUCAGUUUUUUUCUCCAAUUUUUUUUUGAAAUUUCCGUGUGCAAUUUGCCUUAUUUCCCGCCUCGCCGCCUAAAAUUUUAAUUUUUUUGCGAUUUUAUAUAUUUUUCCUUCUUUUUAAUUUUUUAAUUUUAAAUUUUUAUCCCUAUCCGCGCCAUCCGGGUCAUCCAAAACCGCCUACAAUUCACAUGAAAAAUUAAUUUUUUUUCCGAAA